AUGCCUUGUUCCAUUUCAUUUAUAUCUACAACAUUUAGUACUACAUCAUGUAUUAGUUGGAUGUUUGCUCAGUUACCCCAAAUAUUAGAGAAUUAUCGAAACAAAUCAGCUGAAGGAAUAUCACCGUCGUUUCUUAUACUUUGGUUUAUGGGAGACUUUCUAAGUUUCACGAGUUGUUUAAUAAACAUCGAUAUUGUAUUAGAUUUCCAAUUAUAUUUAAGUGUUUUUUUCUUAUGUAAUGAUGUGACUUUAUGUUUCCAAUAUUAUUACUACAAUAGUGUUUAUCCUAGGUUACAACAACAACAACAACAACAACUGCUGCUGCUGUAUGUGCUGUUGAACACCGAAAGAAGUGAUUAUUCCAAACUUACCAUGACGAACAAUGAAGAUAGAGAUAUAUCAAUAUAUCAAGCACAAGAUAUUCAACAAAUCAAACAUGCUAACUCAAAUCAAUCCACCAGUGAAGAUUGUAUCAACUCGACCCCCAGUAGUUACAAUUCAAUAAAUGACAAUGGCAAUGGGAAUAUAAUUAAAAAAUCCAUAGUUGGAGCCAUUUUAAAUACCAGUCACGCCGCUGCAUUACCUAUCACGACAGAAACAUUCUGUAAAAGAGACACAGACGGUAAUAGUACCAGUUCAGUUGGGUUGUAUCUUGCAUGGGGUUGUACAUUAGUUUAUUGUUUGUCAAGGUGUCCCCAAUUGUACAAAAAUUAUAAAAGAAAAUCAGUCAAUGGGAUAUCGCCAUUAUUAUUUGCAUCAGCAUUAAUGGGCAAUUUGACGUAUACAUUGUCAAUUUUGACCAGUUGUGAAUUUGCAUUUGGCUCAAAUAGACAAGGCUUUAUAUUGAAAGAAUUGCCCUAUAUUUUGGGGAGUGCCGGUACAAUUGUUUUCGAUAUUGCGUAUUUUUAUCAGAAAUAUUUGUAUCGUAACAAUGGUGGAAAUACAACCGCUAUGACAUUAGAAAGUUGGAGUGAUAUUGAAACGCGUAGGACUAACGAUAAUUAG